AUGGAAGGAGGUGCUUUGUUAGGAUUUGAUCAGGACAUGAAUUGCAGUGCAAAUCUAUGUAAUGAUCAGAGCGGCUUCGAUGAGUUGACCUCAUCUGCAUCUGGAGUACGUGUUCUGAAACAGCUGAUCCAGAGGUGCCUUGCAGAUGCAGUUACAUCAGGAAAUGUUUUUGCCGAUGCAAUUUUACAACACCUCCCUCAAUCAAAGCUUCACGAUCCAGCUCUUCACCGCAUACUCCACAAGGUCAUGCAAAAGGUUUUUGCUUUGCUGCUGGUGGAAUUACGCAAAUUAGGUGCCACAAUCAUAUUUGCAAAUUUUUCAAAGGUUAUAAUAGACACGGGAAAAUUUGAACUAUCUGCUGCCAAAGCUUACUGUGAUAGCUUGCUCAAAACUUUGCAAAAUAGAGAACUGUUCGAGUGGGUUGAGCUUGAACCGUUGCAGUUUUGGCAUUCCUUGCUCUUUAUGGAUCAGUAUAAUUACGGUGGUAUCCCAGCCAGAGUUGAUGACAGUUCUCACAAUGAUUCGCAUCAUCAUUCCCCAAGCGAAGAACCAAAAGUGGAUAUUGUGUCAAGCUGGAAUAUUGCUGAAUACUUGCCCAAGAAAAUCCAGGAUCAUUUUGUUUUAAUUGUCUCGGAAUUCAUGUUUAUUCCCUGGGACUAUGCACAAAAGCAAGCUGCAAUAAGAGAAGCUUCACGUGAUGGCAACUCAUGUACUCCAUCAAUCACCAUUGUAGCUGCUGAGAAUUUUGAAUCACACAUGGUGGAAUAUCUUAAAGGGCAGAUCGGCACACACUUCACAGACAAACUUCUAGGAAUUGUUCGAGAUACUGCUCUUCACAUGAAAGGGACAAACAAAUCCGAGAAUGUCCAACAGAUUUCACUCAGUAUCCCACAACUAGCGGGCAACAACCACAAAGGGGAUCCUGCACUGGAGUUCAUUAAGCAUGUUUGUGCUGUCCUGGCUCUAGACCAAAACGUGCAGCAUGAAGUUCUGGUGAUGAGAAAGAAUCUGUUAAAAUAUGUACGUGUUCGGGAGUUUGCUCCAGAAGCCGAGUUCCAUGAUCCCUGCCCUUCUUUUAUCUUGCCAAAUGUAAUUUGCAGAGACCUGGACUUGUGUCGUGACUCGGCUGUACUGGCAGAGGAGUGGCACUGUGCUGUGCCCCAGUGUGGCCAGCCUUAUGACAGAGAAGUAAUGGAGAAUGCUCUUCUUCAAAUUGUACGACAGAGGGAACGCCUUUAUCAUUUGCAGGAUCUGGUAUGCCUUAGAUGCAAUCAGGUCAAAGCUGCACAUUUAGCAGACCAAUGUUCAUGCGCUGGAUCAUAUAGGUGCAAGGAAGAUGUGUCUGAAUUCCGCAGAAAAAUGCAGAUUUUCUUGAAUGUAGCCAUUCGUCAGAAGUUUCAACUCCUCCAGGAGUGUACCUCUUGGAUUUUAGAAGUUCAAUAG